AUGGUAGUGAUCGUGUCGGAUGCGGCGUCCCUGGAGUUUAGGACGUCACGGUCUGCAACAGGGGGACGGAAUUCGGGUCAUGGGGGGUCUGGGGGGAUCUCCUCCGACCUCCUGAUCUCCUCCACUCGCUUGGGGCGCGGGAUUCUCCUCAACUCCAGGGCGGUCCUCUUUGGACAGUUUGUGAUGUUCCAGACUUCUCUCAACGAUGUGGUGGAAAUUUACGAUGGACCAACUCAACAAAACACGCUAUUGUCUUCUCUCUCUGGGUCCCAUUCUGGUGAGUCUCUCCCUCUGAGCUCGGGAAACCAGGUCACGGUAAAGUUUAGCACGGUCGGACCAGAAACUGCUAAGGGAUUUCACUUUGUCUACCAAGCUGUACCGAGGACCAGCUCCACACAGUGCAGUUCGGUCCCUGAGCCGCGAUUUGGGAAACGCCUCGGCAAUGACUUUGCAGUUGGCUCGAUGGUGCAGUUUGAGUGUAACCCUGGUUACGUCCUGCAUGGCUCCACUGCCAUACGGUGUGAGAGUGUCCUUGACAACAUGGCACAAUGGAAUGACACCCUGCCAACAUGUAUAGUUCCCUGUGGGGGUGCGUUGACCGCCCGUCGUGGGACCAUCCUAUCGCCUGGAUAUCCAGAGCCAUAUGACAACAACCAGAACUGUGUGUGGAAGGUCUCUGUUCCAGAAGGAGCUGGAAUACAGAUACAAGUUGUGAGUUUUGCCACAGAGCAUAACUGGGACUCUUUGGAUUUUUAUGAUGGUUCCGACAACCACGCACCAAGACUGGGCAGCUACUCUGCCUACAAGAUGCUGGCCACGCGGCCCCCUGCUAAGUGUGCAAUAAGAGAUACACUGGUCUAG